CUCACAUUUGUAAUCAGACUUGGAUUUAUCAAGAUCAUAUAUCAUAUCAUUUGUGUCUGAACUGUGGUCAGGUCCUCAUGUGACACAAAAUCUUGCAUGACACACACACUGUGAGACAAAGACACUUUAGAAAACAACGUUAACAGCAAGGACAACAGAAAUAAGUCCUGGACCUCAAUGUAUCCCCGACACAAUCUGAUAUGUUGCAUUUUAUAAAUAUUAUUUUAUAAAUAUGCUAGACUUUUGCCAUUAAACCAAGCCAGAAAUAUCCACUUAAGUCAGUUUUAGGGAAUAACUGAUUCUCUAAUUAGUAUGGUGUUGAAACUCUGCUCCAAGAAAAUAGGCGAUGAAUAAUAAAAGCAGUUUGUUGCUGUCUUCAUCUGUCCACACACCCAGUAACACUGGGCUUAUUAGGAUGUUAUUAAUGUCCUACUGGUUGGUCAAGACAAGCUCCACCUAAGGCUUUAGGCUACAUGAAACAAUAGGAGAUGCAAGCAGGGAUUUCAAGAUGCUCCAAAAAGGUUGUGUGUGCGUGUGUCUGUGUGUGCACGCACAUUUGUGUAUUCACAAUUCUUGGGGCAGGCAUGCAUUCGCGUGCAGCUGCGAUUAGUGCAUGUCAGUAGCACUAUGAGUAUUGUAAUGGAUGAGGAAGGCAUGGAAGUCCCCAGUGAGAGUUUCAUGGUGUAUAAAACCAGCUUGUUCCUGGACACAAACAGCCACACUUGGAUGUAAUUUACCACAGCACCUGGCACUGGACUGGGAGGAAGAUUUUUGGCUUCAGUUCUAUGUUAUGGUCUAUGCAAAGCAAAGCUGUGGAUUUGGUUCUCCACUGGUCUUGAUGUGAUGACAGGACUUUCUACUUGUGAAAGAAGUAGAAGUGAAAGAAAAGACUAGAGUGAACAGAAAUAUCAAAGGAAGAGACCAAACCGGCAAAUUGAUUCAUUAUAGACCUUCAAAUUAUGGAUGGUCCUCAGCUGUCUCAGAGCGGUGAACUAUCUCUGCCCUGCUGUGCAGACGGGGGGUCACUGUCGAACGCCAAGGCCCCCCAAGUCAGUGGGGUCAGAGUUCAGCUGGAGAUGCAUGCACUUUGGCAGCAGUUUGACCAGCUGGGCACAGAGAUGAUUGUUACCAAAGCUGGAAGGAGGAUGUUUCCAACAUUCCAGGUGCAAAUCUCUGGGAUGGAUCCUGCUGCUGAAUAUGUCCUGCUCAUGGACUUUAUCCCUGUUGACGAUAAAAGAUACAGAUAUGCGUUCCACAGCUCAUCAUGGCUGGCUGCAGGGCGAGCGGAUGUUGUAGCCCCAAGUAGGAUGCAUUUCCACCCAGACUCACCUGCCUGUGGAGCCCAGUGGAUGAAGCAGACUGUUUCCUUCGACACUCUCAAGCUCACCAACAACCUGCUGGAUGACAACGGACAUAUGAUAUUGAACUCCAUGCAUCGCUACCAGCCGCGCUUUCAUGUGGUGUAUGUGGAUCCAACUCCCAACAGUCACUUAAAUGCAUACAGGAACUUCUGCUCUUUUUCCUUCCCUGAGACACGCUUUAUGGCCGUCACUGCCUAUCAGAACCACCGGAUCACCCAGCUAAAAAUUGCAAGCAACCCAUUUGCUAAAGGCUUCAGGACUACAGACCCCCAGGACCGGGUGGAUAACUCCAGACCCUUGGCACUGUGGUGUCCACCAGAGGGCAGAGCUGAGCCCCUCAUCAUCAAACCUGGAGCGGAGAGAAGCUGGGGCUCAAAGACUUCAACCAGACAGGAGGACCCAGCCCCGUUGUUGGUGGAGCAGUGUGGACUGUUCCACCACUGUAAAGACUCUGUGGGACUUACCAUGGAGAGGAAAGAUGGGGACCGUAUAUUAGCACCUGCUUCCUUCCUCCCUAUUCCCUCCUACUGGGACUGGCCAGGAUCAUCUCAAGAGAGAGGCAGUCUGUCAUAGGAAAAGAGAAUCACACUGACUGAGCUUUGAAUUAAAUUUGACCUACUGCUUGCUUCCUCAUUUGAUAUCAUACAACUUUAAUGUGUGUUUUAUAAUAAAUAUAUAUAGUUUGUGGUCUCCCUCACAAAAUUAAUUUAUAGGGAUACUAUGCCUUUUGCAAGUGUUCCAUCAAAACCAUAAUGUAUGUGGCAAUGAUUUAUAAAUAUAAAUAAUAUAUAUAAAUAAAUAUAUAAUAUAUAUAUAAAUAAUAGCACACUAUAAGAGCACCAGAGUCACAGUAAAGCACUGUGACUCUGGUGCAGCACAGAUUUUAGCAACAGCAACAGUACAGUGAUAGCUCUACAAACUCAGAGCUCAGAACAACAAACACACUAUAGUAAGUCCCACUAGUAAUAUUAUUAAAAUCCUAUGGUAAUUUAUCGUUAUAACAUUUGUGCAACUGCAGUGUCUAUCGUCUGAGAUAAUAAAAUGACAUUCAGAAA